AUGCGGGCGGCGCGGUCCGCGGCGCGACGAGAGCGCGCCUUCUCCACGGUGCGCUUCAUGCUGCGCAGGCUGCACGACUCGCUGCGGCACAACAUGAACCGCGACGUCGAGCAGGUGGGCGAGCGGCUGACGACGUUCCUGGAGCGGCUGCCGUGCCGCAUGUUCGCGGACCGCCUGGAGGCGCUGUCCAGGACGCUGGACUGCCGGGCGGUGGCCGCCAGGCGGAGGAACAACAGCCGGCUGGCCAUCGCGCUGCAGAAGCGGCGGUGCGCGCUGGCGGCCAACCACGGCCUGUCGGCGCUCUACAUCCGCGCGCUGGACGAGGUGGCGCUGCUCAUGUUCUCGGUGGCCGACUACCCGCUGGCCGAGGCGCCCUGGAACGAGCGGCUCACGCGCCUGCAGCAGCAGCAGCGCCUCCAGGAGGAGGCCGGCCCGCUCGGCGACGACGAGCUGCGGCGCCACCGCGAGCAGCGCGCGCAGGUCGUGUUCCAGCUGGCCCGCUGCUGCUUCGUGCAGGGCUUCCUGCGCAUGGCGGGCCCCAAGGCCAACAAGCAGGCCGCCAAGAAGGACCACCGCAGGGACCUGCCGGAGUUCUCGCUGGGCCUCCGCCACACCAGCUCGGACCUGUUCAAGCAGCACCCGGCCGGCGGCGGCCGCCGCAGCCAGUCCGUGGCCGAGUCCGCCUCCUCGGUGGAGGCCGAGGAGGGCGACGACGACGACAAGCUGUACCAGUGCGAGUGGGGCGGCGACUGCAAGUGGUCGCCCAGCCUGCUGGGCUACGACCUGGGCGAGGUCAUGGACGACGAGGUCCUCGACUACUGCCCCAUCGAGCUCAAGCCCACCAGCGUGGAGGCCUGCCUCAAGACCAUCAUGGACGAGCUGGGCACGGAGGACCCCCUGAACGAGUACAGGCACCUGCUGGUCAUGGAGCGCUUCCCGGACCCCGAGGACGCGGACAGGACGUACCCGCUGAUGCCGCCCGACUUCGACCCCGAGAAGAACAUCAUGGACGAGCAGUACGGCAUGUUCGAGCAGCGGUUCCUGGACGCGUGCCACUACUUCGUGGCGGACAUCACCGGCGCGGCGUUCGAGCCCGAGGAAAAGCCUCCCGCUGCUCCGACGGACGCUCCGGCAGAAACCGCCGCACCGGAACCGGAACCCGAACCGGAACGACUGCCGAGCGUCACCGAGGAACCGGAAGCGCACGAAGAAGAGCAGCCUCCGGCCUGACCGCCUAGCCUUCCGACGAGCACCGGAACCGGAACAACUGACGAGCACGGCCGAGCGGCACCGGAACCGGAAGUAACGACGACGAGCAGCCUCCGGCUUCGCCCUCCUUCCAACGAGCACCGGAACCGGAACUACCGCCGAGCGUCA